AUUUGUAAGGUAAAGUAUACACUCACGAAACAUCAAUUGACGGAAUCGUUACCCUAGAUAGAAGAAGGAAAAAUAUAAUGUAGAUCGCCGAGCUCUUGAGUAUAGAGAUAGUUUAUGUAUCAGGCUUUACGAUGAGAGGUCGAUUCGUGUUGCUGUAUUUGUUUGCGCUAAAUCUAGCGGUUCUACAGAAUGCCCAGGAAUUCAACGGUGACACUCUUUCCAGUGAGUUGAAUAAACUGGCAGACUCCAUCGGUUGGUCAUUCCUUCAGGGCGAGUACAACAAGCUUGGGUACAAAGAAACAAAGAUUGAUGGAGAAAAGCAAGUUGAUGAAAUUGCAGGUAAAAUAGGCAGGCGAAUGAUUGAAGUAGACAAUGCCUUAAAGAAGCUAAAGGAAGCUGUAGAGGAGGACCAGCUGUCGUCUGCUGAUGUCCCCCAGGACUGUUGUGUGGACGGAGAUUACCAGGAAAGCAUCCGCUUCAGAACUCAAGUAUCCGAACAUCAUUUCUGCUACAGCAAGCCGGACUACGCAGAGCAAAAAUAUCCCCGAUUUCCAUCUAAUAAUGUUCUAUCGGCCAUGAAAUUAAAUCUCGAUGUAAAGCAUCUACAAUUUCAGUACAUUGCAAAUGGUUCUGGUCUUUUUAUCAAUUACCCAGCAACAAAGCUGACGGAUUGUGACACGUAUGAUCCUAGAUUCAGACCCUUCUAUGUGUCCACCACAACUGCCGUUCCUCGGGACGUCGUUGUAGCUUUAGACAUCUCUAAUUCCAUGAGAGGAGAAAAACUCAAUGAAGCUAGACGGGCCGUUCUAACAGUUAUGGAAACACUGAGCGUCAAGGAUAAUUUUGGAGUGGUUGUUUUCAAUGACGAAGCUAAAACCUUGGACGGAUGCUAUGAAAAUCAACUUGUUCCUGCUACCAGCACCACUAAAAAGAAAUUCAAAGAUUUUCUGUCAUCACAAAGUGGAGACGGUGGUGCAGACUUUGACGCUGCACUGCGUAAAGCGUUUAUGUAUUUCAAAGCAAACUCAAGUGUGGAGAGAAACAGUCGAGAUCAGAUUCUAUUGUUUUUGACUGGCGGGGAAAAUAUAAAAGGAAGCCCCCUGGAAACUAUACGAGAUGAAAACGAGGCGCUACAAAACCGGGUCGUUAUCCACACGUUUGGCAUUGGUACAGAAAUGGGUAUUGCUGAAAGGGAACUGUUAAAAAAUAUGGCUGAACAGAAAAUGAACAAUAACUCUUAUGGAUAUGUGAAGAUCGGGAAACCAGUUUUUCCUGAGAACCUGAAAUCUCUCCGUGAGGCAAUGGGAACCUACUAUGAUUAUUUCAGCGUACCCAUUUCAACGCAUCCCACCUAUACACAGCCUUACAAAGAUUUUUUCACCAACGAAAAAAUCAUCACGGGUUGUCUGCCUUUUGCAAUUAACAAUGCUUUUUCUGGAGUUGUGUGCGCGGAUAUCUUACUAAGCGAACUGGUUGCAGAGAUUUUAUAUAUCAAACAAGAGGAGUUGUCUUAUGCAUUUAUCAUUGAUGGCGAUGAACGAACAAUAGUUCACCCCCUUCUCCCUGACCCUCGUGACGUCAAAGCAACGGACCAGGACAUCAACAACAUCUACAAUUUUGAAACUUCUGGUGAUGUGUUCCAAAUCAUCGACUCCAUGAAAAAAAGUUCAAAAGGUCAGAAAAACUUAGUAACAUCAAUCAUAGAAGGCAGAGGUGAAAAAUACUUGGACGGCAGCACCAAAAUAACUCUUAAAGCUGUUUACUAUUGGACCCCGAUUGUUGCUCCAGGAAGCAAUCUUUCUCUGUGCAUUGUGGUGGAACAAAACAACACCGUGGCGGAUAUAGAUUUUACACCUCAGCCCUCGUCUGGAGACUUCCUCUAUCAUCGAUGGGAUUUGAACCAGUGGCCGGCUCCAUUCUGCAGACACUUUAAUAGAUAUGCAACUCAAGCAAAAUGUACGGUAAAGCUAACACCAGACGCUUUCACUGAGGCGUAUUCAUACACUGGAGUCAAGGAAACAGAAGUCAGAGUAAAACAGUAUAAGGACUACUUGUCUGGAGAUAUUUUCACGAACCCAGGACUAAAAGCAUCAGCAGUGAAAUCCAUACGGUUAACUUACCCAAUAGAAAAAUUCUGGACGACGAUUUCAAGGAAAGAGGCUCCGUAUCUUGUGUGGCGUUACGUUGCGACUCAAAACGGCGUGAUGAGAAAUUACCCAGGGAUACGACUAACGGAUGACUACGAUUACAAGCUUAGACCGUGGUAUCAUCGAACAGUUGCACAGAAGUUACUUAAUGUUGUGUCGGCCCCGUAUGAAGACGCUUGGGGUGCGGGGAAGGUUAUUUCUCUAACAAAGACAGUAUUUACAAGAGGUGCAACACAUGAAAGGAAGAUUGAAGCAAUUUUAGGUACCGACCUUUCAAUAUAUUAUUUCAAUCAACUGCUUGAAGAUAAAUAUCCCAUUUGUGCAAACAAGACUAGCUACAAUUGUAUUGUGAUAGACAACAGUGGGUUCCUUGUUAUGCACCCACAUUUUAUAGAAACAAAAUCCUUAAAGGGGCAGGUUCACAUAGCCUAUCUGGAGGGAAGGAUUUCUCGUUCUCUAAUAAAGAAAGGAAUAAUGUACAGACAACCGUGUAGAGACACGGGAAACAAAAAGGACCAAUUCACUUACAGGGUAAAAUUAGGAGGGACUGAGUUGAAUGGGAUAGUUGAUUCAGAAGAAGGAUACCAACUUCGUCCUGUGUCUGGCUCCAAUGUGUUCCUAAUACUAAAACAAAAACACAAAAACGAUGAAGACAAAUGCUGUCAUGUAGAGUAUUUUAGAGAUCCAAGCUCAGUACAGUGUGGCGCUGGACAAUGUACCUGCCUCUGUUAUACGGAUCUAUCGUUCAACGAAUGUAAAAAUCAAUAUGCAAUAAUGGGUGGUUUUGUCCCCUGUAACUCCCAGUUACCAACUUUGAGGUCAGUUAGUACACCUGAGGAGGACUUGGUCUCAAAUCUACCAACGUGCUUUCCUACCAACUGUGCAUGUCGAAAAACGGAAAGAGAGUGUUUCCGUACAUCAGGCUGCUCCUGGUGUACCAGUGAUACACAUGGGAACCUUGUCGACGGAUUCUGUGACCUGAAGGAGUUAUGUCCCUACCAACAGUGUCUAAAGGAUGAGUGCAGUGGAAAAUGUUGUGGAUCUGAGUGCAAUAGCCCUUCACCCCCACCCGAACCAGGGUUUUAUAUUGGGGUAUCUGUAGGUGCAGGGCUUUUUGUCAUAGUUCUGAUCAUCGUCGUAGUUCUCAUCAUACGAAAACAACGAAAUAGAGGAACAGAUGACACAUACCUUGACCCAACUUUCGACAACCAAAUAUGUAAAGACAAGGAGGACUACAACACCAUGCCAAAUUACUAUGUUGCAGAUUUGAGUGCUCAUUCAGAAGAGAGUAUUAACACUAACACAAGCUAGUAUUUAGAAAAGACUUGGGUUUUAAAUUCUUUAAAAUAUUCAGUUUGCUUUCAAUGCCACAAAUCAAAGGAAUCCGUUGUGCAAUAGCAUUAUAUUUCAAUUAUGUUUGGCUUCAACUUCAUAAGAAUGUCUUAGUUACUGGACUUUUUGGGGUGAUCUUCAAAUAAGGGGCAACCCCACCCCCAUCCAAGUUGAUAUUACGUAUUGAAAAUUGAUAAAACGUGAUUAAGAUGGUCGUACAUGCAGACGAGAACUUCAGGAAACCAAUUACAGAAAAUUUUUUCACCAUGCUACAAAAGUAUGUUAUACGCUUUUGGAUGGAAAAAUAAUACUCAGGUCCCUUAAUGUUUAUCGUUUAAAAUGAUUUAAAAUAAAAAUAUAGCCUCUGUGUAUUGAAGACAACAUACUGCGAUAUUUCUUCGGAAAUGUGGAUUUUUAAUUAAAUGACAAGCAUGUGUCUUGAUUUUUUGUGUUUUUCCUACCUUUUACACAGGUAUAUGCAAACAUCAACAUUGCAUGCUCUACUUUUAUAACAGUUUCCUGUAAUGAUAGAUAUAUUUAUGUAGAAAUCUAUAUUUAACUUCCAUUAAUGUGUUUUUGUUUACAUUCCCUUGUUUAUAGUUAAUUUUGCAAUAUAAAAGUACAUA